AUGACACCACCAGUGUCCAAGAGUGGCCCUGGCACACCCAGUGGUCCCAGGAGCGUUCCUGGCACCCCUAGUGCACCGAAGAGCGCCCCUGGCACGCCAGCACCGAAGAGCGUCCCCGGAACACCCAGCGCGCCGAAGUCGGCGGGCAACUCACCAGUCAAGCGGAUCAGUGCUCCACCAUCGCCUAAAGCCUUGGCAAGAGCAGUGUCUGCAGUUGCUGCCCGUGUCUCUCGCAGUCCGGUGGCACAUGAGAGAGUUCGAAGUGUUGAGGAGAUAAAGCCAAUCAAGAAGCUUGUGACGGCCAAGACAACGGGGAAUGGAAGGCUGGAAAAGGAGGCAGAUGAGACGCUGCAGAGGCUCAACGGUGAUGCCAGCUUGAUCAGAGAGGUCUUGGAUGACAAGCAGAAGCUGCAGAAUUAUUCCAGGUCUUGUUUCUGUGGUGCUGAUGGAAAUGGUGACGGCGAGCUUAGCUUCGAAGAGUUGUGCCGCUGCAUGCAGAAGAUGAACGCGGAACUGGGGAUCGGCAGCUUCACGGAGCGACAUGUGCAGCACUACAUGCACCGCUUUGACACCGAUGGGGACAAGUUCCUGAAUCAGGACGAGUUCCAGGAACUCUACCGGGCGCUGCUGAUCGUGAAACUGGAGGAGGUGGAACCGGUGGACCUGUCGCGGAACAUGUUCAUCAGCCGCCGCAAGGGAAAGCCGGAGGACGACUAUCGGGUGCAAGGGAUCGUGGGCGUGGGCUCCUUUGGCGUGGUGCGCAAAGUGCAGUGUCGGAGCACGGGCACCAUACGUGUCAUGAAAGUGGUGGACAAGCAAAAGGCACUCAGUGGAGGUUACCCCUUGAAACUGAUCAUGGAGGAGAUCGACAAGUUGAGGACCUUGGAUCAUCCUGCAGUGCUCCGACUCUUCGAGUAUUGUGCCGAUGAGAGAAACUUGUACUUGAUCACAGAUUUGCUCCCAGGUGGAGACUUGCUGGAUGCGGUGGAAGGCUCAUAUGGCAAAAAGAAGCACUUGGAGGAGCCCUGGGUGCAGGAGGUCUUUCGUCAGGUCUCGGAAGGAGUGGCCUAUUGUCAUGCCAAAGGAGUUAUGCACAAGGACCUAAAGCUGGAGAACAUCAUGCUUUCGUCCGUCGAGCCUCCCAAGGCGGUGGUCAUCGACGUGGGCUUAGCGGAGCUCUUUCCGGUGAACGAGGCCGACAGCUUCCGCAGCGCCGACCCGGCCGGCACACUGGCCACCAUGGCGCCGGAAGUGGUCCGAGGCAGCUUCAACGCCAAGUGCGACGUUUGGUCUUUGGGCUGCUGUUUGUACGCGCUCUUGUGCCAUCGCCCACUCCGCCUGGAAGACAACAAGGGAGAAGGGGUGGUGGAGCAGUACGACUACUUCUACCCCUUCACGCCACCCCCUGACGAGUCCCGCCAGGAGCUAAAGGCCUACCUGGUACGGCAGAAGGAGGGUCCAGACUUCAAGCGCUUGGAAUGCUCUGCAGAAGCCAAGGAGCUGAUUGCUAAGUUGCUGACCUUCGACAAGGACCCGCGACCUUCGAUGCGGCAAGCCCUGAGUUUUUCAUGGCUGCAGAGCUCCAAGUCUUCGGGACAGAUCAGCCACGAGCAGUUGGAGAGCUUGCUGCAGUUCCAUCGCAUCAAUCCUUUGGCACAGGCAGUCCUGUUGGAUCUCUCCUCGCAACUGCCCUUGAGGCAACUCCGAGAAAUGAUUAGCCUUUUCGAGUCCAUGGACACCGAUGGCAAUGGGAUUCUGGACGAGGCGGAGUUGGCCGAAGCCUUGAAGGCUGCAGGCCUGGCAGCGGAGUCAGCGCAGCAGGCGGCCAAGCGCUUGGCCAAGGGAUCAGGUGGCACCGUGGAGUUCUCGCGCUUCGUGGCCGCCCUGGCGCCCGCCGUGGGGCUGGUCGACGUGGAGCUCCUGCGGAGCAGCUUCAACCGUCUGGACGCCAACGGGGAUGGCUACGUGAGCCGAAGUGAAUUGCAACGGCUGCUGGAACGGGGGGCCAAGCCCAUCUCGACACCCGAAGAGGAGGUCUCGCCUGAGAAGAAGGCGCAGGCUGCAGAAAAAGCCCGACAAGCCUUUGAUGGCAUUAGUGGCGAGGGCCGCCAGCGGAUCUCGUUCGCCUCCUUCCAGCGGCACUUGGGGGCCUUUGUCGCCUAA